UGCACAGUUCCAACAACCUCUCCUUUUCCAUCAUUUUAAUCCCAACCCACAUUCACCCUCUCCUCCUUAGUUCAUUCACCCAUCUCCACUUUUCUCCCUCUCCUCUUCCUCUUUGAUCUCCCAUGGCUCUCAUGCUAGACAAUUGUGAGGGUAUAUUGCUGUCUCUUGACUCUCACAAAUCGGUCCCGGCGCCGUUCCUUACUAAAACCUAUCAACUGGUCGACGAUCCCACCACCGACCACAUCGUUUCUUGGGGUGAAGACGACACCACUUUUGUUGUCUGGAGACCUCCUGAGUUUGCUCGCGAUCUCCUCCCCAACUACUUCAAGCACAACAACUUCUCCAGUUUUGUACGACAGCUCAACACCUAUGGUUUUAGGAAGAUUGUCCCUGACAGAUGGGAAUUUGCGAACGAGUUCUUCAAGAAGGGGGAGAAGCAUUUACUCUGUGAGAUCCAUAGAAGGAAAACUGCGCAGCAACAGGUGGCCAUAAACCAUCACCAACACUCUCUCCCACAUGCUUCUCUUGUUAAUGCCCCGAGUUUCUUUCCGUUUUCUAGCCGAGUCAGUAUCUCUCCAGCUGACUCGGACGAGCAAGCAGCCUGGUGUGACUCGCCCCCACUUUCCUCCCCAAAGUCAGGAGUCUCGGUCAUUGCCAACGGCGGUGGCGGCUGUGUCUAUACCACGUCGGUCACGGCUUUAUCCGAAGAUAAUGAGAGGCUAAGGAAAAGCAACAGCUUGCUCAUGUCAGAGCUGGCACACAUGAAGAAGCUAUACAAUGAUAUUAUCUACUUUGUUCAAAACCAUGUCAAGCCCGUGCCACCUAGCAAUACCUACGCUUCUUCCUUGCUUCUUUGCAACCCACCCUCUUCCGCCACUCCUCUUGGUAACACUAACAGUUCAUUGUUGCAAAAGCCCUUAAACCAGCUCCUUGGGUACUACCCCAAGCAAGCUCCUCAAGUUCAUGUUUUAAACUCUUCUACCAAUAGUACAUCACAGAACUCGGUGACAAUCCUCGAAGAACCCACAACCAAAACCAAGCUCUUUGGUGUGCCUUUACAAUCAAAGAAAAGGUUGCACCCAGAGUAUGCUUCUGGUCCCGGAAACAUGGAGACUAACAAGACCCGUUUGGUUUUGGAAAAGGAUGAUCUAGGGUUGAAUCUCAUGCCUCCUUCCACUUGUUAGUUUUUUUUACAUCCAAUCUUAGCUUCUCUCUUUCUUUUUAGUUUUUGUUUGAUUGUGUUGUUAUAUUUAGAGUUGGAUCGAUGAAGCUGUAAGCGUGAGUCAGUGAGCGGUUGUAUAUAUAAUUUUAGUAGUAGUAAGUACCGCCUGCGGUUAUUAUCUCUUGUUCCCAAGAAUGCAGGUGGGUUUUGUGUUAGAGUGAAGAUCAAACCAAGUUAUUU